AUGACGGAUCAGCCUUCAUUAGUUUGGGUGCCUGAUCAAACUCAAGUAUUCAGACAAGCUGAGCUCAUAAGUACUGAAAUUGUAAAGAAUACCCGUCUUAACCAAGAUGAAGAAAUGGCGAUAGUGAGACUAAUAGAUUCCAAUGAAGAGGCUAAGUUUCUGAUAUCAGAAACUGCGCCAAUUAAUCCUACAACGUUUGAUAAAAUCGAUAAUAUGUCAGAAUUAACACAUUUAAAUGAACCAUCAGUUCUGUACAAUUUAGAAAACAGAUAUAAGGAUGACUUAAUAUACACCUACUCGGGACUGUUUCUAGUAGCUAUCAAUCCAUAUUCUAAUAUUAAAAUUUAUACUCAAGAAUACAUUAAUUUAUUCAAUGGUUCUCAAAAGGAGGAAAAUAAACCACAUAUAUUUGCUGUAGCUGAAGAGGCAUAUCAGAAUUUACUAUCUGAGAAACAAAAUCAAUCAGUACUGGUUACUGGUGAAUCAGGAGCAGGUAAGACAGAAAACACAAAGAAAAUACUUCAAUAUCUAGCAUCCAUUACCUCUUCUACAACAACAAUCAGCAACCCUACAUCACCAAAUAAAACAAACUUUAUUCAAGAAGGAACUUUUGAAAGGAAAAUUUUACAGAGUAACCCAAUUCUAGAGUCAUUUGGGAACGCACAAACAGUACGUAACAAUAACUCAUCGAGAUUCGGGAAAUUCAUUAAGAUUGAAUUCGAUGACAGAGGAAAGAUUAAUGGUGCACAUAUAGAAUGGUAUCUCUUAGAAAAAUCAAGAGUAAUUGAACAACACCCAGAUGAGAGAAAUUAUCAUAUUUUUUAUCAACUGUUAACAGGUCUAUCCGAACAAGAAUUAAGGAAAUUAGAACUAUAUUCAAAAUCCACCUCUGAUUAUUACUACCUUUCUCGAUCAAAUUCGUCAAUUCCUGGUGUCAAUGAUGCCCAAGAUUUCCAAGAACUACUAGAUGCUCUGGGUACUGUUGGAUUCACAAAAAAUGAAAUCGAUGACAUCUUCAAGAUAAUAUCCAUCAUUUUACAUGUAGGUAAUGUGGAAUUCGUUUCUGAAAAAGCUCAACAAGCGUCUUUUAAAAAUGAUCAAUCUAUAUUAGCUAAGUUAUUAGGUGUUACUGUAGAACAAUGGUCCACUGCGAUUUUAAGGCCAAAGGCUAAAGCAGGCAGAGAAUGGGUUUCUCAAGGUAAAGAUGCAAAACAAUCGCGUUUUAUACUGAAUUCCUUAGCGAGAACAUUGUACGAACGGUUAUUUGCCUAUAUUGUUGAAAGAAUAAAUCAUAGUCUAGAUCAUGGGUCUAUGACGACAAAUUACAUUGGUCUUUUAGAUAUCGCGGGGUUCGAAAUCUUUAAACAUAACUCGUUCGAACAAUUGUGUAUCAAUUAUACAAAUGAAAAACUUCAACAAUUCUUCAAUCAUCAUAUGUUUAUCCUCGAGCAGAAUGAAUACAUGAGAGAAAAUAUACAUUGGGAUUUCGUCGAUUUUGGUAAAGAUUUACAGGCAUCCAUCCAUUUAAUUGAUAAAAGGGGUUCUCCAAUGGGUAUACUCCCCAUCCUAGAUGAAGAAUCUAUUCUCCCAAAAUCAUCUGAUGAUUCAUUCUUUUCAAAACUAAUAUCAAAUUGGGAUAAAAAGUCAGAUAGGUUCAAACGUUCUAAAUUAGAGAAAUGUUUCAUUUUAAAACAUUACGCCGGCAAUGUCGAAUAUAAUAUUGAAGGAUGGCUAUCAAAAAACAAAGAUCCAUUGAGUGAAUACAUGUUGAAUAUGCUAUCGUCUUCCUCUGAUUCUUUGAUUUCAGAGUUCUUUAACAAUCCACUUACAUCCUCUUCUUCCAGUGCUUCGAUAGCAACGAUGGAUGAUAAACCAAAAAAUCGUGGUAGUGCUAUUAGAACUGCGGCAAUGCGCCACAGAGAACAAUUAAAUUUCCUUUUAGAUCAAUUAUCCACUACACAUCCACAUUUUGUCCGUUGUAUUAUUCCAAAUAAUAGGAAAAUGGCUAAAUCCUUUGAUAGAAAAUUAAUCUUAGACCAACUACGCUGCAAUGGUGUCCUUGAAGGUAUAAGAAUUGCAAGAGAAGGUUAUCCAAAUCGAAUCUUUUUCAAAGAAUUUUUCCAAAGAUAUAAAAUAUUAGCAUCUUCCCAUGAUCUUUUUUCAAACAGUAAUUCAAAAAAGAAUUGUGAAAUAUUAAUCGCAUCGUUAGAUUUAGAACCGAAUCUAUAUAAGAUUGGAAAUACCAAGUUAUUUUUCAAAGCUGGAGUCCUUGCUAAAUUAGAAUCUCGCAAAGAUCAAAAAAUUAAACAAGUGAUAAUACGAUUAAACUCUCAGGUCAGAGGUAAAAUGAUUAGAGAUGAAGUAGGUGGAAAAUUGAAAAGAAUACGGGCCGCACGUGUUAUCGGAUCAACCUUUAGAACAUAUAAUAAACUAAUGGAAAAUCCGUGGUAUAAUUUGUUCGUCAAAAUCAAACCCCUUCUUGAUUCUUCAAGUGAUAUAAGUAAAACAAAGACAUUCAAUGAUAAGAUAAAUUCUCUGGAACAAAAAAUAGAAGCUGUCGAAAUAGAAAGAAAUAUAACGAAAGAAACGAAUGAACUGGUAAAUAAAGAAUUGAAAGAACUUCGAUCUAUUUUGGAAACUGAGAAAGAAAAACUGAAAGAAAAGGAGUUGGUACUACUGUCUACCAAAGAGAAAACUGAGCUGUUAGAGAAACAAUUAGUCGACGCUGUGAAGUUAAAGGAUGCUAUUGAAGAAGAGAAGUGGAAACUGAAAGACGAAUACGAAGCAAUUGUUGAAGAUAUCAAAAACUCGAAAGUUGAAUCUCAAGAAAAAGAAUCAUCAUUGAAACAACUAGAAGAAAAAUACCAAACCUUACAGAUAGAGGUAAAUACCCUCCAAGAGAAAUUGACCUCACAAAAGGAAGCCCGGGAGGCUUUAUUACAUGCAAAAUAUUUGCAAGAAAAGGAGCUUGCCCAAUUGAAGGAGAAGAACAAAUUGCAGGAACUGGAGAUUCAGAAAUUACAAAAUGAUGUGAACCACUCUGGUGAAGACUUAGAUCUUAAAAUUGCAUCAUUAGAGAAAAGCUGUAAUUCCGCAAAGACUAGAUUAGGUACGUUGGCAGAUGAAAAUGCUGACUUACGAUCCCAGUUAUCUAAUUCUAAAAAAGAACAAAGUAAUAGCGCACGCCAGCUGAAUUUGAAAAUGGCUGAAAUUGAGAGAUUAAAGGCUAAAAUUCACCAAAAUCAAAAAUCGAUUCAGGAAAUUUCAGAACAGAGAGAUCGUAUCGUUACAGAGCAAGAUUCCAUUGUAUCUGAAUUACAUUCCACUAGAGAAGAAUUGUCACACUAUAAAUUGAAAUGCCAAGAUAUGGAGGGCGAACUCGCUAAUUUGAAGAUAAUGAACGUACAAAUUGAAGAAGGCAGUGCAAGCCAAGAAAGAGAUGACUCCAAGAUUAAGCAACUCGAACAGCGAUUGGUAGAGGAAACUUCCUUGAAUCAAUACCUCAACAAAAAAUUGUCAGCACGUUUGGCAAAUGAAACACUAUUGACAAAUGAUAAUAAUAUGUUUUACAAUUCUGAGAUAAGUAAAGAACAAAUAAUCUCGAUGUAUAAUGAUAUGAAAAUAAAGCUUGCGGAUGUGAUGAAAAAUUUGGAAGAUGAAAUAGAAGAAAAGAAAAACUUGAUCUCAAGAUUGAGAUUUACAGAAACAAGGCUGGCAUCGUCUUCAUUUGAUUCCCAAAACUCCCAUGCACAAAUUAACAAACUAAAAGAGAUCAUAAAGAAUGCCAACAUCCAAGUUGAGUUAGAUAAGGAGUUGACAGAUGUUAAGCCAGAUGAAGUGAAUUUGGAAAAGAUGGUUCUUGAAGUUCAACAUUUGAAAAGACAACUAGAAAUACAAACUAAGGCACAGUAUGAUGCUGAGAAUGUUGCAUCUGCGCUCCAUGAGAAGUUCAACAAGAUUCAAAGAGCAGACUCUGCAUCAGAUAUUUUUAAAUUGAAAUAUGAGGCCAGUGAAGAAAGGAUUAAAGCAUUAGAAAAUAAGUUGAAGCAUAACCCAUUGAAGGAUAGAACUAAUUUGCCUUCUGGUGAUAUUUUCAUAAACCGAGACAGUGUAACGAAAUAUGAAGAAGAAGUAAGAUUUCAUAAAUUAGAGAAUUACAAACUACAAGAAACGAUUGCUGAUGCAAAUAAUAAAAUUUCCCAUUUGAAUCAUGAUAUUAGACAAUCCCAAUCCCGGGAAGAAUUGCAUAAAGAACAGAUUGUAAGACUCAAAAAAAAUCUUGAAUCAAUUGAAUACCAGAAGGGUUUGCUUCUCACUACAAUAGAUCAACAAAAGAAACGUUUUGAUGAGUGUGUACAAGAUUUACACGAAAAUGAAACCCAAUUAAACGAGUAUAAAUUGGCAUUGAAACAAGCUGAGAGUGAUGUCAAUAGUAUGUCAAGUAUAAUUGAAAAAUUGAAAUCACAAAAUAAACAGAAAGAUAAGACAAUUUGGGAAAGGGAAACAGAAAAAAAUGAACUAGAUAUGCAAUUACAAGAAAGUUUGUUGGAGUUGAAGAGGAUUCAAGAUUUGAAUAAUCUUCUCAAUGCAGAUUUAGCUCAUUUGAAGGAACGCUUAACGUCGACACAAGAUACUUCAUAUUAUACAGAUGAAAUUGAACGAUUAAAAAGCGAUAUAGCUGAAUCCAUGAAUACUGAAACAUCUCUGAAGAAGGAGGUUGCUACAUUAAAAUAUAAGUUGGAUUCGACAAGCAAUGAAUCAGAAAGUAAAGUUUCCGAAUUGUUAAAGCAAGUAGCUCAUUAUUCUAACCUUGUCGGCAUAUUGAGUAACGAACGUGAUGUUUCACAGGCAUCUCAUGCAGAGUUAUCAAAACGUUAUGAAGAAUUGAUUGCCAAGGUGAAUUCUUUAACUUCGACAGUGGAAUCAUUAUCCAAUGAGAAAUCGAAUUUGGCUUCUCGAUUAGAAGAACUGAAAUCUGCUAUGGGUAAAACAACGGACGAUUUUUCGAAAUCAUUACAGGAAAAGGAUAAAAUUUCAUCGAAUGUUGCCUACUUACAAGAAACUUUAGCGUUCCAACAAGAACAAAAUGCUAGGAAUGGCCUCUUAGUGAAGCAACUUCAGGAAAGUGUUGAUACAUUAAAGAAUGCCUUAAAUCAAGAAAAGGAGAAGAAUAUUGAACUAUAUCAAGAAAAUCAGACAUUGAUUAAGAUGGAUUCUCAAUUAAAGGAAAAACUCAAUUCCAUGCAAUCGCAAUUAUCAGAUUCUUCUGAGAAGGAUGCUUGGUUAAUUAAAAUACAUGAAUUGGAAGAGCUUGUCAAUAAAGAAAGCUCUUUAAAAUAUGAAGAGCUUAAAAAGGUGCAAACUAUGGAUCGAGUAAUCGAAGAUUUGAAAAAGAAAAAUAAUAGACAAAGUGAAGUGAUCGACAUUGCCAAUAAAGAUAGAAAAGAAUUCGAAGAGGAGAUUCAAAAGCAUACGGGUCAUAUUAUUGAACUGGAAAGACAUAUCGAUAAGCAAGAUGUCGAUUUGAAAAAAAUUGUGAGGGAUAAUGCCUACUAUCAGGAUAGAGUUAUGGAAUUAGAAAAGGAGAUAUCCUUCUGGAAGGAUCAAUUCCAAUCUUUAAAUGCCGAGGAAAAAGACCUUUCUGAUAUUCGAACUCAAGAGGUGAUGAUCUAG